AUGAAUAUAAGCACCUGGAAUGUUAGGGGAUUGAAUGAUCCCAUUAAAGUAGUUGAAAUAAAGAAAUUUUUGGCUAAUAAUAACAUUAGUGUUGUAGCUUUGUUAGAAACUAAAGUUCAGGAGAAGAAUAGUAGUAAAAUUCAGAAGAAAAUAGGGAAUGGGUGGCAGUGGAUUAUGAAUUAUGAGCACUCUCCUAGGGGAAGGAUAUGGAUUGGUUGGAAGCAUGCAUUGGUGUCAGUUCAGCUACUUCACAAAACUGAAUUCUGUAUUCACUGUACUGUUGCUACAAAAAAUGGCCUUUUUAGUGCUAACUUCAUAGCUGUGUAUGGUUUACACUCUGUUGAUACUAGAAGACCUAUGUGGAGAGAGAUUUCCAAUUUUAGUAGUACUGUUGUUUGUCCUUGGCUAGUCAUGGGUGACUUCAAUGCAGUGUUAUUAGCUGCUGAUAGAGUAAAUGGCAAUGCAGUCACUGAGGGAGAAACUAAAGAUUUUGAUAGCUGUAUGGAUUCUGCAGGUUUGGCUGAACUUAAAAGUUGUGGGAGUUACUAUUCUUGGAGCAAUAAGGGGCAAGGUAGUUUGAGAAUUUGUUCCAGAAUAGAUAGAGAUAUUGCCAAUUCUAUUUGGCAUGCUAAGUUUGUUGAUGUUGUGGUGGAUUAUUUGCCUCCAGGGAUUUCUGAUCAUUCCCCCCUAGUUAUGUCAUGUAAUAUUCAUUUGGGAGGAGGUAAUAGACCUUUUAAAUUCUUUAACUACAUGGAAGAUCAUGCUCAAUUUUUGGAUGUGGUUAGGAAAGGAUGGGAUGUUUCCUGUCCAAGGAGUGGAUCCAUGCUGAAGGUGUGGACUAAGCUGAAAGCAGUAAAGCAAGGAUUGAAGGAGCUGCAUCACAAGGAUUUUGCCAAGCUUGAUGAGAGAAUUGAGGGGUUAAGGGUUGAUUUGUGUCAAAUUCAGACUCAGCUAGCUUCUUGCCCUACUGAUAGUAAUGUGCAACAAAGUGAGAGGGAGUGUAGUGAGACUCUUAAGAAGUUUCUGCAUAUUCAGGAAAGUGCCUAUAGACAGAAAGCAAGAAUUCAGUGGUUGCAAGUGGGAGAUUCUAAUUCUAAGUUCUUUUUUAGUGCAAUGAAGGAGAGGUUAGCUAAGGACAGUAUUGAUAUCCUUUAUGAUGAAACUGGAAAGAAGCUAAGUACUACUCAGGAAAUUCAGGAGGAAGUUAGCUCAUUCUAUAAGCAAUUGAUUGGUACUGCAGCUAGUUCCUUGACUGGUGUGGAUGUUGGGGUGGUUAGGAAAGGGAAACAGCUUUCUGCUGCUGAUGCAGAAUUGUUGGUGGUUCCUAUUUCAGAUGCAGAAAUUGAUGCAGCUAUCAAAGGUAUUGAUAACAAUAAAGCUCCUGGACUUGAUGGGUUCAAUAGUUUAUUUUUCCUUAAAGCUUGGGGGAUUGUUUAA